UUGAAAGAAUGAUGGCGUCGUUCGAGGAACAACUUUGUCGAGCGAGAGAGGAGACCGAGCGACAACGCCGACAGCAGGACGACAUUUUUUUGGCUCCGAUCGUGUUGCACAUGCAAGAUCUCCGAGUAAACAUCACUCUAAACACACCCAGGAUCCUCUCAGAAACAAUCUGGCCUUAGCUGACAACUCGGGAAAUGAAAUCAACACCGUAAAGCACAGAAAGCAACAAGCAGGGGAUGAUUUGCGCUUCCGAAGCACCUCAUUGCCCUCGAAUGUACGUUUUUAAAGUCAGCUGUUUUUCUUCAAAACUGGACUAUGUCCUCACCACAUCAUUGAACAUGAGUGCUUGCCCUCAAUGGUCCUUCAAGAUUUCAAUAACAGGCUUGAAAUGGAAGGGGAAAAGUUCUCCAUAACUGAACUCCAAAACAAACGGUUUUCAGGGCACGGUUGUUGUGUGUGAUGUCUUGGUGAUUUAAGUAAAAUUUAAAAGGACAAAAAGGGCUCAGGUCAAAGCCAGGACAAAUAGACUUGGCGCAACACUCAAAGAGGAUAAAAUACUUCAUGAAUAUUUGAAUAGGGUGAUGCUUUUGCUUCAAGUGUUGUUGGAGUUAAUGACGUUAUGGCAGUUUUCCUACCAUAUACAAAAAGAAGAUGGAAAGUUUACACAACAGCUCAGCAAAUACAAAGGAAAAGCUGCAGGGCAUCCUCUGUGUCCGGGUUGGAGAGGGUGUGCAGUGAGAAAAGCCUACAGACACAGCUCAGGAACUUUGAAGGUCAACACAUGGUGUUGGAGGUGCUACGAGCCAGUAAAGAGACCUCAAGAGACCGCAAAUCCUCAAGAUGAAGCAGUUUGUGCAGAAGUCGAUCCUGGCGCUGAGGCGGUGGGCCGUUGCCUCAAAGACACCAAUGCACAGCAGGAGGACACGCUAUAUGCUGGAAAGAUGGAGCUGCAAUGGUUCCACAACACGAUCCAGACGCUUAAGAAACCUUACAGAGACAUUCCGCUUUUCAACCUUCCCUGCCACGGUGUCACCUGCUGGAGAGCUGCCAGGACGCUCAAUGCAAGCGUAGCGGUGUACAAGAAAAUAAAAGGCUAACUUAACAAGAUACAAAGUAAAAGAAAUACAGGAGAACUCACCAGCACAGAUGAUGGCACGGACAACAUGACAUGACAAUAAAAAAAAAAAACAGCCAACUAAAUAUAAACAGACUGACGAAAUCAUGAGGCACGCCUGGAUAUGACAAGUGGCUGGAGGGAGCUGAUUGGUUGACACAAGGAGCAUGGCUAAUGAGGUCAGACGGAGACCAAAACGUAACGACAUGAACGAAGGACACAGGAAAACAAGACAGAACAUGGAGCAAAACUAAGUCGAACAAGUUUAGGCACCUCACAUUCGAGCAGAGUAUAGCGUAGAUAACUUGAGUAAGUAGUAGAAAGUGUGUGACAUGAUCGUGAGAAAAGAUGAUGCAGUUCAUGGAGUGAAAGGGCGAACACCACGUAAAAAAGCCAGACGUUCAACUCGAGCCAUGCGGAACUGGUGUUUUGGGGUGUUGUUCUACUGCUGAUUACUAAAGAAUGAAAAAAGCUAGAAACAAACAAUUUUUUCUGGUGACAGAAGAGUCUACUCUUACUAUUGACAUCCAUCAGCUAAUUGGUCACCAAGAGGAACUUUCCCCUCAGCCACCGCAGGCAGGGAGCUCCGGUCUGGAGCAGAAGUGUCCGCAGCACUCCCACGUUAAAGAGGAAGAGGAGGAGGUGGAUGUCAGCGAGUUGCCACUAAACAUCGUGGUUGUGAAGAGUGAAGACGACGAAGACGAAGCACCUGUGUCGUCGCAGCUUUACAAUCACAGUCCAAGUGGAAACCACAGUGGAGGACUACCAGCAUACAAUCGCUCAGCUCCACUGUCACACAGUAAUGACACAGAAGAACCUUUGGGAAGCGGUGCAGACUGCGAAGGUGACGACAAACGCUUGAAAUGCUCUGAAAAGGAGACGACCGACAUGAGACGUCAUACUCCUGAAGACCAUUUUACCUGCUCCGUUUGUGGUAAAAGCUUUACUAAGGCUUAUAGGAACAGACACAUGAGAACACACACAAGAGAAAAAACGUUUCGUUGUUCAGUUUGCAGUGAAACAUUUGCAGAAAAGGUCUCUUUGAUUGUACACAAAGUAACACAUACGGUAGAAAAUCCUUUCACUUGCUCAAUUUGCGGCAAAGUGUAUUAUAUAAAAGACCAUUUGAGUCGACACAUGAGAACGCACACGGGUGAAAAACCUUUCACUUGCUCUAUUUGCGGUGAAAAAUUUGCUCACAAGAUCUCUUUGGUUGCACACACAGCGACACACACGGGAGAAAAACCUUUCACAUGCUCCGUUUGUGGCGAAAGCUUCUCCUAUAAGCACUGUGUGACGAGACACAUGAGAACACACACGGGGGAAAAGCCCUUCAGUUGCUCAGUUUGCGAUGAAAGCUUUACCUACAAGGAGACUUUAAAUUCACACAUGCAGACGCACACGGGAGAAAAACUUUUCACAUGCUCAGUUUGUGGUAAAAACUUUUGUUAUAAGAAUGGUUUGAAAUCACACAUGCUGACACAUGCAGUAAAAAAACCUUUCACAUGCUCACUUUGUGGUAAAAGCUUUGCUUAUAAGAGUACGUUGAAAUCACACGUAAGGAAACACAAUGGAGAAUAAAUGUUUUCGGGGGCUAAAACAUUGGUGGGGAGUAUUUUUAUGAACGAGUGGGUUGAGGAGGUGCCAGGCUGCUUUGACUGUAUGGUUCUUCCACACGCCACUGACCGUUUGUUCAAAGAAUAAAUUGAAAAAUUGUCAA